CAGUCUGCACAGUUCGGAUUUCGCCUUCGUCGUGGCCACACGUCGUCCUCGUCCAAGUCAGUCAAAAGUGCGCACCCACCACCGGCCAUUGUGUGUGGUGGUCGGUUGCCGCCCGUCUCUCGCGCCUUUCGCGUCUCUACCUGGUGGCAGCACCCGUUCGUACAUCGUCGUCUAUUUCUGUGUGGGUAGAUGCGUGAGUGCUCCCCCAAAACGCUAUCAGCAGCACCACAAUGUUGAUUGCAGCCAGCGUUCGUUCUGAUCUGGUUGGAGCUCACGGCGAUUGGGAGUAGAUUUUUAGCCGCGAAAGUUCCUCACAGAGUGAAGAAGUUCCCUGAACCACGUCCUCCAAACGGCGACCCCCGUUUAUAACUGUGUUCGGUGAAAGAAAUUGGAAACGACAGAGUGCUGUGUUGUGGUGCCAGGUGCUGCGUGCUGUGUGAAAAAGUGAUUUGUUUUCGUACUUCAACCUCAACCUUGAAUCGGCUGGGGUUGGUGAGUGAGAGCGAAGCGCAACGAAGAAUAUUUCAGUGUGCGGCGAAGUGGUCAAGUUCGUGUUGGUUGGAAAUAGCCAAGAAAUCCGUACAAGCUGGCUGCACUCGCUGAUUACUUUGGAGAUAUUUUCCUUUCAUUAACCAAUAAGAAACAUACUACUAGCAAGCAAAAGAAAAACAAGAAAAGCAAACGCAACUCCUCGCAGAACAUGAGUACAGGGCCCGCCCAAAUCGACGAAGUGUUACAAAACAACAGCAACAACAACAACAACAACAACAACAACAAUAGCAGCAGCAUCAACAACAUUCACGACAUCGGCAGCAAAGCACCAACCGCCUCCACCGUUGCUGGCAUCGGUGGCAGCAGCAUUGGCAUUGCUUCACUAGUUACCGCACCUUCACCACCAUCAUCAUCAUCAUCAAUAGCAUCUGCACCGAGCACCAACUCAUCCACCUGGCAGCAGCCCGGUCCUUCGUCACCGACUUCGUCGUCGCCAUCGACUACCUGCCAUAUCAGCACUAGCCCGAGCACCAACCACGGUUGCAGUAUGGCGACAGUAGCGGCGACGGCGACGACAACGACGACAGGGCCCGCGGCAGCCAGUUCGGUUAUUGCGUCACCAGUGUCACCCGCGUCGUCUAGUAGUACAAACAAUGCACAGAAGGAGCUUCCAUCGUCUGCGGUGGCGGCGACAGCAGCGGUGGAUCCAUCGAGCCAAGUGACAUCGGCGCCCUCCUCGGCGGCAGCGGAUCCACUCAAUCGGCAGACGACGGGUCUUGGCGGCAGACAACGGACUCUCGGCGGCAAAGGCAAGCAUUUAACGCGAAGUCACGCCAUGCGCGAGUCAACUUCUCCUCCCCGAACGCCCACACCGCGGUCACCGUCAGAUCAGCACAACAACAAUAGUAAUGGCUCCACGAGCCAGCAGCAGAGCAUGCUGCCCAUGAAUGCGACAUCGUCCGAGCCAUCCUGCGUCAUCGGUGGCAGCAGUUCGCACUCACCGGUAUCGGAAUCUCGACUGUUCAUCAACAGCAACAAUAACAAUGACUACGGCAACAAACAGACUUGUAGCAAUUCGCCAAAUAUCGUUGUUUACGGGGGCGACGAUCGGGGCGGCAAAAGCCAGCUGGAUCUAGACUUCCCGAAGCUGACGCCCCCCAAGUCGUCCUUCGGUCCCAAUGGUACCGGCAAUGGCAACGGAAAGAAUAGCAAUGGUAGGAUUAGCAACAAUAGUACCAGUAGUAACGCUAAGAGUGAUUCAGACAAACCAGACCACCAUCAUCCCGGGGGGCAGGCCGCCAAAGGAAAGAAUUCCGAACUGGUAGAUCAGCACAAGGAACCGAAACAGCAACAGACCGCACCACUCAUGCUGGACUGCGGGGAUCAGUCAAUCAUAGCCGGUCUGGCCGUUUCGACGCCUGCCAUCGCCCCAAACACUGCAUCGUCAUCGUCGCCAGUAUCAUCAAAUAAUAACUAUUGUGAUAAUGAGAAUCGUAAUUUACGUGAGGUUAAUUUUAGUGCUAAUAGUAAUGAUUCUAACAAUCAGAUUAAUAUACAAUUUUCACAUGAGGAAAAUCGAUAUAUACAAUGUGAAAGUCCUACUGAUAGCCUUAUAAGAAAUAAUAGUAGCUCUAAUGGUAAUCUUAAUAAUAGCGCUCAUAACAAUAAGAAGCACCGUGGUGCGGGCGGUGGAGGAGGAGGAAUCGCAAUCGGUGGUGGAGGCGGAGGCGGAGGAGGAGGAGGCGGUGGUGGGAACAUGAAUCCCGCCACUGGCAAAGGCAAUAAGCCUCGACUUAAACAUAUGAGUGGAGGAUCCUCUUCAAGCAUGGAUGGCAACGGUUCGAUCGGUGGUGGCUGUGGGGGAGGACUGGGAGGAGGCGGUGGUGGAUCUUCUUCGAGCUUCCUUUCGCGGGACAACUCGUGCGAGCAGUUCACCGAUCAGAGCGGCGUCAACUUGAUACAGUUCUUCAAGGAGACGCUGAACAAGAACUUCAAGGACCGCAACAUGCUGAUGAAGAUCGAGAAGGAACUGCUUGCGCUGGCUAUGGAUCGCACCCGCAGCCAGAUCAAGUUUCCACCAAUGUCUUCCUACAAUCGAAUGUUGAUUCACCGCGUGGCAGCGUACUUCGGAAUGGAGCAUAACGUGGACGCCACCCAGCAGAGUGUUAUUGCCGAGGUUACUUCGGCCACCCGAAUACCGGAGAUUCGCUUCAAGACGCUGAUCAACGAGAGCUUCUCGGAGGAGCCCCGCAAGUCGAUACUGAAGCGGGACACGCACAGUUUCGACGAAUACCGGUAUGGGUUGCUGCACUGUCCCGAUCGCGGCAUUCUGGACAGGAAGGCGAAGAGCUUCGAGGAACGGGAUGAGGAUUACGAUAAGGUCAAAAGGAGGAUCUUUAAGAACCGUGAGGACGGUAAUUCCGAAGAGCAUUGGCAAUGGAUAUCAACUGAUAAUCCUGAACCGCCAAACGGCCGACCUAAGCUUCAAAACAAUCGCCUGCUAAAAGUACAAUCAGUGUCAAUUGAAGGUCGAUCGGACGAACGACCAUGCGUAUCCAAGUCGCACAGCUUCGGUGGCUACGGAGGUUCAUCGCAGAACGCCCCGUUACUACGAGGCGACUCGAUCACGUCCACCAAGAGCGCCAGCGGACGACUGUUCACCAAGCAGGACUCCAACGCUAGUACAAACACCCCAUGGCGGUUGUCUCCCUCCAGCAGCGGUUCGUACUUCACUUUCAGCUACAAAACGCAAUCGAUCCGAUCGGAUUCGGUGACGCCCUCGCCGACGGGCUACGGAAGCGGAGAUCACACCCCAGAACCGUGUAUCCAAUCGCCAUCAUCGACGUGCGGUGUCGUCUGGGCGGUAACCGAUAUGGCGAGUGUGCCAAAGGGAAGCGUGCUGAUUGAUCCACAGACCCUACAACCGAUCGUCAAUCAGGAUGGCUCGAUCUACCACUUCGACCCAUCCAACCUUCCGCAAACGGCCAACUUGCCGGGUAGUGUCCCCAGAAUGCAGAAGAAGAAGUUCGAAAAGCAGAAAUCCUUCAACAGCCGGAACAAUCUCAACAGUAGCAGCUCGCUCGAAAGUUCGAUCGAUCUGUCCCUGAGCAACAAGAAUGACUGCGGUCAGCAGACCAAUACAAACGCCACUACCACCAUUGCCGAGGAAGUCGGCAGUGAACUCAUAUACGACGGCUCUACCAGUACGAUUAAGAUUACCACUAAAGAUAAUCAUGAUAUUGACGAAAAUUCUAGUCUUUGCGAGGAGCUCUCACAAACUACCAAUGAGCUUGGUACACUUAAGCUGCAGAAACACCAAGCAACCAGUCCAAUGCUGCAGGCCAGCGAACUGCAGCCCUUGGAGCUGAAUGAGAUUCAGCUCAAUGCCAACCAUGAGCAUGAGCAUGGUGCUCUAGCGGAAGCGCUUACCCCAUUGGUAACAGAUUCUGAAACAUGCGGUGGCACCCUGAUGGUAGCAGUCAACAGUGAUACCGGUAGUGUCAAACACGAUAACCAAUCUGAGCAUCACCAGCACGGCCUAGCCAGCAACGAUGCUACCAACGACUCCACCAGCGAUAACUCUCAGGAGGCGGACAAAAAGGAGGAAACGGUCGUAAAGAUGAACGCGGUACAGACAGUUCCUUUGGUAAGUUACUCAAACUCGGCAACGCCCAACAGUGCAUACACGAUCAACUACGAGAACGGCAGUGGCACGCCGGGUGGUGCAGGAACUACCGUCUACGCGUCCGGAGCGCCGGGAAUGUCGACGACAUAUCAGACUGCGCCCGACGGCACUAUCUACGCGGUACCUUCACCACUAGUUUAUACAUAUCCCUCGGCGAUGGAAGCGGAAAUGUCCGGUUACUUUGUUCCUGUCUACGAUCAACAGCGUGAUCCAAAUAUGUGUACCGCUGCGGGUACUCCGGUGUAUCAGGCGGCGGCAGCAGCUGCCGGUGCGACUUCUACAGUAUUACCGAUUGCGUACACUCCAACGGCGGCCUACAGUGGUGCUCCCCUUUACCAGAAUCCGACGGCUGUUAUGUACUCGUCGGAGCAAUUCCCAACUGCUGCGCAAGCGACUGCCGCCGCAGCUGCUGCUGCAGCAUCAGCCGGACCACUUCCGCAGUAUCCAAUCGGAUAUCCCAUUGGCAUUGGCUAUCCCUUCAAUAGUACAGCUUACCAAAACUACUGGAAUCAACCGAUUACUUAUUACGUUCCCCAAACGCCCGUCCCAUCUGCGGGAAGCACUCCGAUCAUUAUGCCUCCGCCAGUGACGCAAACUCCCACAAACAGCAGUAUGAUGUCGGCGACUUCGAUGCAUGGCAAGCGAAACACGACACCCCCAAACCAUGGCCAGCAGUCGCAAAAUCAAGGGCAAAGUACAUCUGUAACUCCGGUGCCGAUCUCUCCAUUCGCUACCAACAUACCGAUGCAACUUCCCGACCCAGCCGGCGGUCCGAUGUACGCGAUUCCUCAACCUUUCUACUCCAACAUGCUUCCAUUCACUGGUCCUAUGACACCACAUUCACAUCAUCCGGCUGCCGGUGCAGGCGGUGGCGGGACGAUCGUGAACUCAGUACUUCCCACUGCCACUGCAGCUGCUGCCAUCGGUUACCAUCAUCCACAUUCACAGUCCAAUCAGGGCAAUCCAGACUCGUUGCCCUCCAGCAAUGGAUCAGCGAGCAACAUUUACUCAAACACUAGUCAAAACAACAAUCCUCAGACACCUCAGUCCACGCCAAGCACGCCACUCUCAUUGCCUAUCUCGCUACCACCCCAUGGCAAAAAUCCGCCCUUGUUUGCCACCCCUCCUAUUCUUCCCAAUGGCUACAAUCCUCAAAUGGGUUCCGCUUCAGGAAGCGGAAGUGGUGCUGCGGGUCACCACCACUACAACCCUAGCCAUUCGUACGAAGACCGCAAGAGCAGUGGAUCGAGCGGUGGCUAUCAAGGGAAGCGAUCGAAUGUCAACAGUGGAAACUACUUCAACUACAGCAACAAUAACAAUAGCCGCCAAAUGACACCCAACAGUGUCGGCGGUGGAAGCGGCAGCACAUACCAGAACCAAGGCAAUUCCGGAACCAACGGUCCCAAGAGCUAUGUAAACUCGAAUAAUACAGGGAACAAUCAAAAUUCUAACAAUGGUGCCGGCAAUGGAAGUGGCCCAUUGAUGCUAGGGCAGCCUCCCAAGGGCCGAUCAGACGGCCAGGCAACCGUGACCAAGCCACCACUGAUACCAACAUUACCAAACAAUAAUAAUAGCACUAGCAGUAAUACCAACCCUAGCGAUAAGACACGCAUCAACCGUUCAUCAAAGCCACCAAAUCUAGACUUAAAGCGAAGCUACAACAGUUUUAACGUAAACAGUAGGAACACACCGAGCACAAACUCAACGGAAAGCAACAACUCACCAAACAGUAUUACGUCGUCAUCCGUGCACGAGCAUCACCCGCAGCAACCGCCACAGCAUCAUCAUCACCACCAUCAUGCGCAGUCGCACCAUCCAUUUGGUCACGGCGGUGGCGGGGCCGGCAGCGCCACCGGUGCCGGGGGAUCAAAUCCAUCGCACCACCCGUACUAUCCGCCACAGCAGCACCAACCGCAGCAACAGCACACCUACUACCAUCACAGUCAACGCGGUGGUAGCGUCGGUAGCAAUAGUGGUGGCUCGAAUGCCACGGCCGGAGGAGCGGCAGCUACGCACACCAUGCCAUCGAGUGCCAUCCAGUCGGCGGCGGCCGCGGCUGCAGCGGCUUGCGCAGCGGCCAUCGAACCGUACCAUUCGCAGCUGAUCCCGCUGAAUGCGGCCGGGAUGUCCUACGUGAAGAUCGGGCAGACCUACUUUACGCAUCCAUCCCUGGCUUUGCCUCCGAGUCGCCGGUCGCCUCCAAAUGACAUACGUCCAAUCGCUGGAGUCUAUCCAGCCAUGAACAUGGUGAUGCCAGCAUCACGACAGUUCACACCAAGACCUCAGCAUAGCGGUGGCUACAAAGGCAGCAAGGCGCCUAGAUAAAAUGCUUGCUAAUAUUCCGUAACUCAAGAAGAAAAACAAUGAUAAAGGAAAUUCUAAGCAACAAGUAUAAAUUAUGAACAUUACAGCAGAAGUAAUCGCACUAUUUAAGAAACGCUAAUCGCCAUGGAUGGAUUAGAAUCACUUACCACAACCAUAGACAAUGACGAAAAUAUACGCGCAUCCGCGGUAAUGACCAUUUCCCCGUCCGACAAAAAAAAAUCACCAAAUCGGAUUGCGAGGAAGAUCGGUUUUAACAAAUCGAGAACCUCCAAAAGUCCGGAAGAAGUGGUCACUGCGAGAGAAGGGGCUAGCGAGAACAAAACACGAUCGCCCGUGAAGAGAAAAUGCCAUUUAUUUUAUUACCGAAUAAGAUUAUUAAUAUAUACAUAUGUAUGAUUAUUAUUACCACAUUACAUAGCAGUGAAAGUAUCUUUAGAGACAAAUUAUUAAAAAGUAUGAUACCAGUUAAUAACUGAUAGAAACCUAAAAAUUAAAGCAACAAAAAUUCAGAGUGAAUAAAAUGACAAAAAGAAAACUAAACUUAAAACAUGAAAGUAGCAAACGCUCUACCAGUGAUUCAAUCAACGCUAUGCGAAUUAUUUCUAAAAUAAUUUUAAAACGCGAAAUGAAAAAAGAAGAGACGCGACGCAAACUAGCACAAAAACUUCUGAAACAGUGAUCAACAAACAAAAAAGAGUAAGCAAAGAGCGAGUAAGGAAAAACCAGUUGUAAGAUUGGAUUGUUGAAUAGAUGGAUAAGUACGUUGAGAGAGGAAGAAAGGAUAGAAGCGCAAGAAAAAGAGACGGAAGUAAAACUGCCGCCCACACUACUCUAACUAUUUCAUUUACUAAAUACCUACUAGCUGGAACAGCCGGCAGGACUAAGUGACAGGAUGAGAAUGAGCCAAACAAGAAUCAGUAGCUAGUGAACCGCCACACUCACACAGACGGAACCUAUAUCGUGAAUCAUCAAACCUAUUACUAUAUGGUAUGUAGCAUACAUAAAAUGCAAUUUCAUUAGAGCAUGACACAGAACCCAAGAUCAAGCCAGUUUACAGAAAAUUUAUAUGAAAAUUUAUUUAUAUAACGAAGCAAGUAAAAAUUGCAACCCGCGUAUGUAUAACAAAACAUAGUAGCAACAAAACUAACGAUUAUUUAUUCAUAAAACCAACUGAACUAUGCUGAAACAUUGCAAGCUAAACGACAAAACAUUAUAUAUCUAGUAGAGAGAAUAAUAAAUAAAAAUUGUUAAACCUA